AAGAUUUUUGUUUGGUAACUAGUUGGAAAAGGGAUUUUCUUUUUUCCCUAGCACAAAAUCGAUUUGAUCGAAAAUGAAAAAAAUAUUCCUCUUUUACAACUACAACAAACAAUUUUUUCCUAACCGGUUAGGUAACUGGUUAGAAAAAAAAAGGGCAAAAAAAAAUAAUAUUUCAGUUAGGUUUUCCUCGUAUAAAAGCAUAAAACUUUAUCAAAUUCGUUAACAAGCAAUUAAUUUAUCGUUUCAUACUUUUAUUUCCUCCAGUUUUAUAACAUUUCAUAAAAUGAAGUACUCGGGGCUGUUUCUAUUUGCUUUAUUCGCAGCAGUUGUUGGCAAUGAAGAUAAAAGUAAGACCCAAACAAAAGAGUAUAUUGGUAUGGAUGCGAUACACGAUGUUAAAAUAGACAAGAAUACGGUUAUAACAAGAAAUUUGAAAUUAGAGAGAAAAGAUCGACGAAAUGCUAAAAGCAAGCAAGAAGAAAAAGAACUACACUGGUCGUACAGCGGGUUCCCUAACGAAGUCUCCCCUCAUGUGGAACAGUUCAGAAAGAAUAUGACAGAGUGUUUAAAAGAAGUUGAGGCCAAAGAGAAGAAGACAGUGAGAAGAUUAUCACCGAAGAAAGACUCUCCAAUACACGGCGAAUGUCUAAUCGCUUGUGUUUUAAAACGUAAUGGAGUUAUAAGUAACGGGAAAAUUAUUAAAGGAAACCUUAUAUUACUGGUGAGCAAAUUCUUCGCACGUGACACAAAAUUAUUGAAGAAACUAGACAAAAAUGUUGAUAAAUGUAUUGAAGCCAGUUCUAAGAAUAAAGAUGAAUGUGCUAUGGCAUCACAAUUAAACGAUUGUACCAACGAUUUAAUGGCCAGUAAUAAACAUAAAAUACUUCUGAAUUAUUAAAAAAAAUAUUUUUGAAAUCUGUUUUUAAUUUGACAUUCAUAAAGGUCAUAGUCAAAGCUGGAUUACUGCAAAUUGACUUAACACAUAUUAAAUUUUUUAUAGAAAUCAAAGUUAUUAAAAAAAUAUAGAGGAAGCAUAGUUGACACUUCACUUGAGACAUUCUAUAUACAGAGUGAUUCUUAAGGUAGAGGACCUCAAUAGUUAUUAUUUAAAGGCAAAGUUUUGUUCGAUAUUUAGUUUAAAACUAUUUGGCCACAAACUUUGCGUUUAAAUGAUAGCUAUUGAGGUCCUCUACCACAUUGAUCCGUCAGUUAAGAAUCACUCUGUAUACAGAAUGUCUCAAGUGAGCUAUUGAGGUCCUUUACCUACACAAAACUGUGGAUCCAUCCGUUAAGAAUCAGCCUGUAUAUUAUAGUACUCUUUGCUUGAGACAAUUUCCACAUUGAUAGGUUAAAAACCACAUGUCAAUAUAAUUAAUCAUACUUAAUUUUUUUUUUUUUUUAUAACAUAUGGCGGCAAACGAGCAAGCGGCCA